AUGCCUGUUCACUUACUUUCUGCUGUCUCCCCUCCUAAGACAGUAAUGAAACAGAUUGAGAAGUUGGCUGCUAAUUUCUUUUGGGGUUUGGAGAAGGACAAACACAAAUAUCAUUGGGCAUCCUGGGGUAAGCUGUGCAAACCUUCAUCGUGGAGCAACUUUCUUAUGGCCAAGUACUAUCAGAGAUCCCACCCAAUCUCUAAAAAGUGGGAUACUGGCCAAUCACAGGCUUGGAAAAGCCUCAUGACAAACAAAAAGGAGGCAGAACAACACAUCAGGUGGAGGCUUCAUUCUGGUGAGGUGAGCUUCUGGUGGGAUAAUUGGCUAGGUACUGCACCUUUAACUGCUCAUAGAACUGAAGGAGGCAAACCUGGAAAUUUCACCUGUGCCUCAGCCUGGGAAACCAUAAGAAGAAAGAAACAACAUCUGCUCUCUAACAAGAAGACAUGGCAUAAAAAGCUUCCUUUCAAAUGGUCCUUCUGUCUUUGGAGAGCCAUCAGAAAUAAAAUACCAACUGAUGAUAGGGUUGUUGCCUUUGGCAAUCCUACAGUCACAAGAUGUGCAUGUUGCAGUAGGCCUCAAGCUGAAACUGUUAAUCAUAUUUUUAGCACAGGCAAGAAUGUAGUGCAGCAACUGCUCCUAGAUACAACUCCUACCAUCAUCUAUUGGAAUCUAUGGAAGAACAGAUGUAAUGCCAAAUAUGGUGGUAGAGCCUCUUCUAUGAUCAGAGUCCUGUAUUCCAUUGACUCUGAUAUUCAUCUCCUGCUAAGGUCCUGCUAUCCUCACUUCAACUGGCCAUCUAAGUGGAUUGGUCUCUAUUCAAUGACUAAAAAUCUGCAGCAAACCAUCUCUAUUACCAAGGUAGUAUGGAGGACACCGCAGGACAACUUUGUGAAAAUCACUAGUGAUGGUACUGCUCUCAGUAAUCUGGGGAAAAUUAGAGCUGGCACCAUCAUAAGGGAUCAACAUGGUAACUUCAUUCAUGCUAUGGCCACCCCCCUUGGUGAAGGAACUAAUAAUCAAGCAGAAACUGAAGCUGCAAUUAUUGGUGUCCAGUGGUGUUUGGAAAAUGGUUAUACCAAAGAACAUUUAGAAGUUGAUUCUGCAUUGUUGAUUACUUGGAUCAAUAGCACUUCUGAACCUCCUUGGUCUCUUCAGAUGUUCAUACAAAAGUUGAAGGAUCUCAGUCAGCACUUUGAGGAAUUCAAAUGCUCUCAUGUCUAUAGGGAAGCCAAUUUCCCAGCUGAUUCAUUAUCAAAACUGAGCCAUGAACUUGAACACAUGUCACACUUCAACUGUGUGCAGGAACUGCCACCACACAUUAGAGGGCAGAUCAGACUUGAUCAGUUAGAUACCCUGCUUUCAGGCACAAAACCACAAAUAGGCUCCAAAUGUCCACUUAUAAUGCUUCCACAUCCAAUUCCUUUAAUGGCUAUGGCUAAAUUCAGGAGUCCACUACAACCUUCCCAACAGUCAAACAGUCCAUUAGUCCAAGUUAAGAACACUAUGAACAUGAUAGAGCACCAAUCUGUCACCAUGAAGGAGAAUAUUACAGCAGCAGUCUACACCAAUAACCACCUCUUUUCUGACUUCACUCCAGCAACAGUCUACAACAACAGUUUUGCAGGAACCCUUUCCUGA